ACAUGAAAGCAGCACAACAACCGAAGAAGGCUGUGACUGUUACGACUUGACACUUUAGCUCAAAACCACCAAGUCUCUUCGGGUUGUUCAACGAAAUAUCUUCUCAAUAUGUCAGCCCCCGCUCCAGAAGGCUCUGGUGCAGCUCCAGGCACCAAGCGCUUACAGCAGACCCAGGCCCAGGUGGAUGAGGUGGUGGAUAUUAUGCGAGUCAAUGUGGACAAAGUGCUGGAACGUGACUCAAAGCUGUCAGAACUGGACGACAGAGCAGAUGCACUGCGGGCUGGAGCCUCCCAGUUCGAGACCAGUGCUGCCAAGCUGAAGAGAAAGUACUGGUGGAAGAACUGCAAGAUGUGGGCCAUUCUGAUAGCUGUCAUAUUGAUCAUCAUCAUCAUCAUUAUUAUUUGGUCUCAGACACCAUAAAACAGUAUGAGGAGGAGUGGAGGAAAAAUUGGAGAAGAGGAGAACGGCAAUGUGCAAUGUUCUCAGAGGAAGAGGUCACAUGAUUACUGGCUACUGAGCUCCAAAAUAUUCUUCCCCUCCCACAGUGGAUCUUCAUUCCUUGUCCUGGAUUGCCCUGUGUGUUUGUGUGUGUGUCUGUGUAUUCACCAAUGAGCCUGACUUUUAACCCUGCAUGAUCACACUAUACCAGACAUCACUGAAUUGUGUUUUUUUUUUGUUUUUUUUUUAAACCAGAGUGCCACGCUGCGUGCCAAAGAAAGUGGUAACAUAAAAACACAAACAGGCUCUUGAUUAAAGUCCAUAUUAACAAAAACCUAUUUUCUAAAGUAUAAAUGAAGUACAUUUGACUCUGUGACAAAGCACACAUACACAUAUACACACUCUCCAAACCUCAGGGCUACAAGUGAAGAAUAUUUGUGUUAACUCCUAAACUUAUCUACUUUUUUACAUUUUACUGUAUUAAUAAUAGCUAUUGAUUUUGCGCGCCAGGUGAAAAUAAGUGCCUUUGAUAUGUUAUUUCAUGAUAGUUUAGACUCUAAACUCCCUUUUCCAUGCUAUACAUUUCUGCUCUGCCGAGUGUGAUGCCAACUUUUUUCCUCCUUUAUUUUUAAAUACUCGGUUUGCUGUUUGUUUAUGGAUGAAUAGUAGGAGUAGUAGGAAUAGUUCAAUAUCAAUAUUGUAUUUAUACACAUGGUUAAGUGCAAAAUGAGUUAACUGUUGAACAACUUUAAAUUUAUGAUUGAAUAAACUUGAUUUUUUUCAGGUCAGCCAACAACAAAGAGACCUGUAACCAUGGAUAAAUGGGAAAAAGUACAUAUAGUCUUCUGGUCACAAAACCUCAAGAUUUGCAAAAUGUGGCCACUCAUGUGUAGAACUGUAUAAUUUUUAAGGCCUAAAACUAAUGAUUGAAACCAUUAACUCUGCAAACCUGAAGACAGUCUGUGGCUGUCUGUCACAGUCUGUGGCUGUAUCUGAUGUUACCCGUCCUUGUGCACCACCCCAUAUAGGACUAAUGGUGCAUUCCAGUUGUAUUAAGAAGUCUGAAUUUCCAGAUAGCUGCCACUCACCUCAAUAUGGAAAAUACCGUGAAUUGCACUUCUGUCUUAUUUGAGUAAAUCAGUUGUACACACGUUAGUUUAAUCUUUUAUCCGUGGAUGUUUUGCUACGCUGUUUGUGUUUGCAAAAAACGUUAAGAACGUUAUUUGUCGACUGGUUUUUGCAAACAUGGGCUAGCCUGAGGUGCAUUUGUGUCCAUUUCCCGACUUCUCAGCUGAAACAUGGUCAACUCGGAGGUGACGUCACUCCCGUUUCUGACUCCAUACUACUCUGCUGAGAAUAAAUGAGUGUGUACUUGUAGACUAUGUGCAUUUAAAACCAACAACCUCACAGCCUGACAAAAGCUUUAGAAACUGCCACAAAAAAGCUUGUACCAUUCAUGAUGCUUUUGUUUUGUUCCUCUGAAAUAUUUAAGCACAACAAAGAUCAUAUAGUUUCAGACAGAUGCCUUACUUGGUUUCUCCAAUGGAGAAGAGCCAACAGAGAGCAGCCAAACCUCACUGACCAUAAGUACACCUGACGGGUAAAGAGUAAUUCUUUGUAAAUGCUCCUGCUGUUCUAACAAAUACUAGGCUGCUAACAUCAUUUGAGCUUCUCUUGAGUCACACUGACAUUAAUCUUCAAAUACUCCAUGUGUGAUGUUUUUUAGUUUUUCCCUCUAGCUUUUCUCCCCUGCUAUCUAAUGUUUGUAGAACUAAUCUCGGUGCUUAUCUCACUCACUUGAGCAUCACUGUUUCCCAGCAAAAACAGUGGAUGAUUAUUUUUCUAUUGCUUCCAUCUUUUUGAAAGAGAUGUGGUUAAUGGAGACAAAAAACAUGGGAUUUGUUUGUACAUUGAUUUGAUUUUUAUCGUCCGAGCGGAUGUAUUGUGUGCCUAAUUAUUUUUUUGACAUCUAGAAUUAAUUUCAUAUUUGGCAGUCAUACUGUUUUCAUGAUGCUCCUGUGGCUGAAAUGUCAUUCAGGAAACUGUAGUAUUUUCAGAGGUGACGCUGAAAAUGAUUUCACUUGCCAGGAAAUUGGCAUCCUCUUCUCCACAUCCACUUUACAACAUUGUGAGGCAGUGAUUUUCAAAUAAGUGCAAUUCUACUCUUUGGCCCUAAAAUGCCUUUUGCUUGAAUAAAAUCGAUUGAACUUCA